AUGCAGAAUCAAGUGGAAGCUUUGUACCUGGAUGGCGACAAGCAGAUCAUGGAAAGAAUGGUGCAAGAGAAGACAGGAGAUCUCGAACGUGGCACGGAGUUCUUGUCGACGUUUGGUAGUCAAGCAGAAGCUGGAGCCGACCAGGGGCUGACACGGGCCGUUACGAGGGACGGAGUCGGUAUUUACACAAGUGACAAGUGGGCUGAGUUCUACUUGACUUCAGAGGUGGCAGUGGUGACAAAUAUCGGACAUCCGCCGGUUCCCCCACGAGGGUACAUUCCAUUGCGACAUGGACAUGGCCGUGACCUACCGAAUGCAUCGACAUGCACGUUCGAGAUCUCCUGUCUUCUCUUGCACCAUUUCAAACCUCACAAGCGAUCACGAAGCCAAUGA